AUGGUAGAUGCGAAAGCUCGACAGGAUUGUAUCAAAGAAAUUGACCUACUUAAGCAGCUAAAUCACGUGAAUGUAAUCCGCUACUAUGCUUCAUUUAUCGAGAACAAUCAGCUGAAUAUCGUUCUUGAACUGGCAGAUGCCGGUGAUCUAAGCCGCAUGAUACGGCAUUUCAAAAAAAGCCGACGUUUAAUUCCGGAACGUAUCAUUUGGAAAUAUUUUGUACAGAUCGUACGUGCUUUGGAACACAUGCAUUCUAAGCGAAUUAUGCAUCGAGCGGAUGGCAUAGUGAAACUUGGCGAUCUUGGUCUUGGUCGAUUUUUCAGCUCCAAAACAACUGCUGCUCAUUCGUUGGUUGGCACACCGUACUAUAUGAGUCCCGAGCGAAUUCAGGAGAGCGGCUAUAAUUUUAAAUCAGACCUCUGGAGUAUUGGAUGUUUGCUAUACGAGACAAAGCAAAAGCUUACCAACGUUGAUUUUUUCUGGUCGUUGAAGCGAGCGAGUUUAUGGAAAUCCUUGACCAUCACCACCACAAAAUAG